UUGAUGUAUCAUUUAAAAUGUUCUAUCCUGUGAAGCGUUUUUUUUAUUUAUUUUUAAAAAAAAAUUUAAACUAUCCCCCUUAUUCAGUCGCGCACCCUGCUGUUGAGCAGCAAUUCACACGAAUACAAACAACUGUUUGUUCACUUGUGCUUGGAAUGGUGAAUUAGCCUAGUUACCAAUGCCCUCCCCUGUGGAGAGCUUAUAUCCCGGCUACACAGUGAACAUGGCAUGCUGUUGGCGCACACUCGGGUUGCUGCUCUGCAUCGCUGUCUUGGCAGUCGACACUCAGAUGCCUGGGGGUCUUCAAGAUGUUUCUACAGACAGAGAGGAUGUGCAGAGGGCAGCCAGGUUUGCUGUUGCUGAAUACAACAAAGGAUCCAAUCAUCCAUAUUCCAGCAAGAUGAUCCGGAUUGUUUCAGCCCAAGCACAGGUGGUUGCUGGAAUGAAAUAUUACCUGCAUAUUGAGAUGGAACGCACACAUGGCUGUCAUAAUGAGGAAUUCUCAUGCAAAUUUGUGGUCUUGGAGGUUCUCUGGAAAGACAUAACGGAGCUCCUGGAUACGAAGUGCAAGAACAGCCUGUCGUAAAACAAAACCUGGGAGGGGAAGAACUUCAGCAGUGCUUAAAUAACCAGCAGUGUAUUUUGUUAUCUGGUCGGUGUCAUUGCAGGAGUUUAAAACUUACUGUAUAAAGUUUUUCUGCCCCCUUUAAAGUUUUGACUUGUUAAAAGCAUUAGGGUUCUGAUUUAUAAAGGAAAUGGUAACCUCCACUAUCCAUGAGAACUACUGUGGUAACAUAGCAGUACAGUUCUAGGUGUCUGUUCUCUGAUACUAACUUGAGUCGCCCACGAGAUGUUUCCCCUUCAUUGUGAAUGGUGACCUCUGGAUAGCAUCAUUCAAUGACAAGCACAUGUUUUAUGUUUAAAACUUAAACAAUGUACUGUAAAGUGUGACCCAUAAAGAAAUUAUCACCAUAUUUGUAGUUAACUUCAUUAAAACAUUAUGGGAUAAUGCACAAAAGAUAAGAAUUCAUUUUGUUAGCUGUGUGUUCGACCUCUUGUGUGAAGUAUGUCACAACUCGUGCAUGCCACACUUGUAUCCUCUAACUCUACUCUUGGCCUGUGACUCCUCCCUCUCCUCUGUCCUAAUUCUCUUUGACCUCUCUGCAGUUUGACACAGUCAACCUCUAUUCUCCUUUCCUCCCUCGCUGCUGACCUGGGACACUGGCACUGCUCUUGCCUGGUUCUCCUUCUGCCACUUGGAUUGCAUGUACUGGAUACCCUGGCAUAGCUUGCCCUCUGCCUCUUGAUCUUCUUUGACAGAUGUCCCUCAAGGCUCAUUCCUGUUUUCUCUCUACACCUGCUCUCUGGAUCUCCACAUCUCCCAUGGCUUCAUCAUGCUGAUAAUGCCCAGAUAUUUUUCUCUUUUUUUUUUUUUUUUUCCCCCUCCAACUCAGACAUUUCCUCCCAUGUCUCUACCUGCUGCUUGACCAUCUUCUCCUGGAUGCACUUUUACCUUAAAUUCAACCUCUCCAAAUCAUAUUUUUCUUCCCUGCCCCUUCCUCCCCUUCUAUCUCUGUUUCUCUGGAAUCCACCAAGAACCACAGUGUCUCACUGUCACAGAUGGCUGCAGUGGGUAACAUCACACCUGAAACCAGGAAAUAAACAACAGAGGUGGAGUUUGGCGAAGCUGAGCGAUUGGUCUCGAUCCGCAUUUAGUAAUAAACAAGACAGAAAAUAAAAGGUUGUAAGACAAACAAGACACAGGACACGGCACUCGUCGCCAAAAAGAAAAGACACAAAAUGGACUAUUCAGACAAAACACGGUGAGCUUCUAUUAUCUAUUACAAUUGCCUCCAUCUCCACUCACCCAGCGUGAGUGAAAACAUGCUGCUUUUAUGCAGCUGUUCUGAG